AAAAGGCAGCAGCCAGCAGGCAGACGGGAUUGGGUGGGGGGUGGGGGGACCAAGCUGGUGGACCAGUGCAUGGGCCAGCCUUGGCCCCCCUCCCAGCUUGGCUGUGGCAUGAAGAUGGGGGUGGGAGUGUGUAGUGAGGAAAGCACCUGCCGGGGCUCCCACCUGCCAGCUACUUGGCCACCCCAAGACUGUGUGCUGCCCACUUGGUGUUCCCCAACACCCCCAGCCCUGCCCAGUGUACCCCUCCGGUGCCUGCUUCCCCUGAUGCCUGCGGUUUAGACCAGUCCGGCUGUAUCCAAGGCAACAGAAGCAGGAAUGUGCAAGAGUGUUACUAGCAGCCAGAUUACUGAGGGUCCCACAGUGUGGCCUGGGCUAUGGUUUGUCCUGGGUGAGACAGCUUGAACCCCUUUUCUGGAUUCCAAGACAGCCCGGCUGACAGGUCUCAGUUUCUCUUUCUCUUUCUGCUCCAUCACAGGAGCUACUUGAACACCCAAGCCUGGAGACUUCUUAUGUUCACUCAUCUUCCCCAAUCCCAAGUGUCCCGUGAGCAAGGGAACCACCACCUGUUUACCUGCACAGGGUACAGCCCAGCAGGACAACUGAUGGAGUCCCUCAGGACCCAUCGAGUACCAGACUGGCUCACCCUGUAGGGUUGGAAGUGGCCCUUGCCCCUCAGUAUGGCCAACACCACCGGAGAGCCAGAGGAGGUGAGCGGCGCAUUGUCCCCACCGUCAGCAUCAGCUUAUGUGAAGCUGGUGCUGUUGGGACUGAUCAUGUGUGUGAGCCUGGGGGGCAAUGCCAUUUUGUCCCUGCUAGUGCUCAAGGAGCGUGCCCUGCACAAAGCUCCUUACUACUUUUUGUUGGACCUGUGCCUAGCUGAUGGCAUACGCUCUGCCGUCUGCUUCCCCUUUGUGCUGGCUUCUGUGCGCCACGGCUCCUCAUGGACAUUCAGUGCACUCAGCUGUAAAAUUGUGGCCUUUAUGGCCGUGCUGUUUUGCUUCCAUGCAGCCUUCAUGCUCUUCUGCAUCAGCGUCACCCGCUACAUGGCCAUCGCACACCACCGCUUCUACACCAAGCGCAUGACACUCUGGACAUGCGCAGCUGUUAUCUGCAUGGCCUGGACCCUGUCUGUGGCCAUGGCCUUCCCACCUGUCUUUGAUGUGGGCACCUACAAGUUUAUCCGGGAGGAGGACCAGUGCAUCUUUGAGCAUCGAUACUUCAAGGCCAAUGACACUCUGGGCUUCAUGCUUAUGUUGGCUGUGCUCAUGGCAGCCACACAUGCUGUCUAUGGCAAGCUGCUCCUCUUUGAGUAUCGUCACCGCAAGAUGAAGCCAGUGCAGAUGGUGCCAGCCAUCAGCCAGAACUGGACAUUCCAUGGUCCUGGGGCCACCGGCCAGGCUGCUGCCAACUGGAUCGCUGGCUUUGGCCGCGGGCCCAUGCCACCAACCUUGCUGGGUAUCCGGCAGAAUGGGCACACAGGCAGCCGGAGGCUCCUGGGCAUGGACGAGGUCAAGGGUGAAAAGCAGCUGGGCCGCAUGUUCUACGCAAUCACACUGCUCUUCCUGCUCCUCUGGUCACCGUACAUUGUGGCCUGUUACUGGCGAGUGUUUGUGAAAGCCUGUGCCGUGCCCCACCGCUACCUGGCCACUGCUGUUUGGAUGAGCUUCGCCCAGGCUGCUGUCAACCCAAUCGUCUGCUUCCUGCUCAACAAGGACCUCAAGAAGUGCCUGAGGACUCAUGCCCCUUGCUGGGGCACAGGAGGUGCCCCAGCUCCCAGAGAACCCUACUGUGUCAUGUGAAGCAGGCUCGUAGGCAAAUAAGCAGGGAAAUGGUCAUGGCCUCCGUGAUGGGACCAACAGUAAGGGAAGGGUUGGGCCCCAUACAGAAGCCUUUUUUUUCUGAGCUCCAGCCUCAGCUUUCAAACCAAGUAUAAUCUAGGCACUUUUGCCAACACCUCCCCAGGUUGGGGGACUGGAUGGAAAACUGGGAAAGAGGCAUUUCUAGUUUUGUGGGGCCUGUCUCCACAGCCUCCUUCUCCACUUCUACACUCCCAUAUUUUCUCUCCCUCCCUCCCCCUGCUCUCUUCCUCCCUUCCUCCCCCUUCUCUCAAAUGACUUUAGAAAAAGAAAACAAAACUCAAAAUGCAAGUUUUUUCUACUAACAUCUGAGGAGACAGGCUUUCCUUGAUUCAUAUGUCUCUCCUCAGAUUGUCCAGAGGAGGAAGUUUGUCCUGUAAAAUAGAUUGCCAGAGCUUUUAUUGCUCCCUCUGCUCCCAGGCCCCUUCCCUUUAAAAGUCCUUGAAGUAGAGCCUGGAUGGAUGUUUAGGGAUAAAUUGAUUCUGCUGAUAACAGGGGCAAAAGAGGGGACUGGACUCACAGGGAACAAGGAUGAUUAAUUGCUGUGUUGUAUGAAGUGCUGUUUUGGGCUAGGCCUGAUCCCAAGCCCAGUUUUCUCUCCCUCCCCACCGUGUCCAGACCUUCCAAGUGUUUCUUGGGGAUCUGUUUGAGAAGCCAAGAGGGUAGGGAGAAGGGCCCCCAGUAUGGGCCCAGGCUAGGUGAAGAGCAGGAUGUGAGCUCAACUGCUCAAGCUCAAGAGAGCAAUCUUGGCUACAUUCUCUCGCACUGCCUCCUGAACCCCCAGCUGCUAUCUCUCCUUCUUGAGGAUGGGAAUCCACUCCAGCCCCACUAGAGCUGAUAUGGGUGUCCUGCAGGCAGGAGAUACCCUGCAAGGAAGUGUAAGAAGGAAGCUGAACCCCAGAGCCUGGGAUCAGAGCUAAAUUCAACCCAAGAAUUGUCUCCUGGGUUCACACUAAUUUUCUGAAGAUGAAAAUUCUUUUGAGGCCUUGAUAACUGAUCAUGGUACAAACUCCAAGGCACUAUGAACUUGAGUCCAUUCCUAUCUGACCUCUUUUUGUCCCUCUCAAACCUCAGGGGCCUCAAGCCCUUCCUUAAGAGUCCAUGGUCUCCUAGGCUCUCAAUCCCAAACACCCUUCCUCCCACCAACCUUAUCUACACUCAAAAGUGGAACAGAUUGCAGCCAGAUUCCCCAGGUGAACGAUCCCAGGCCUCCCUCCCAGGGGCAGAAUCUACUCUGAUCUUACUUCAAGGCCAGUUCUGAGGAUUGGUGAGCCAAGCUGGCACUCUUUUGCCUGGAUUUGCCCAGGCUCUCUGUCCGUUUCUCAUUUGUUCUGGGAACAGGACCUAUCUGUAUUUAUCUAUAUCCCCUUUUUUCUUCCUUGUAGAAGCCCCUGUCCUAAGAUCCCUCCCCUAAUCCAAGACAGCCCCUGAACUGGGGAAGCCUUGACCCAAAGGGAUUGAGGAGGGCACUCUAGGCAGGAGAAAAUUAAGGAGCCUGGCUGUGGAGUGUCCCUGGAAAG